AUGUUCAGCAAAAUUGUAGCUUUCGGCGCCCUUAUCGCAGCAGCUAACGCUGGUCUGCUCCAUGGACACGCAUCAGCUAUUUCUUCUCAAAGUAUUAUUCGCCACGAUGAAGGGCACUAUGCCGCCCCCAUCGCCUACUCUGCUCACUUAGCUCAUGCUGCCCCCCUGGCUUACGCUCCUGUAGCAUACGCUGCUCCUGCUGCCCACUACGAACAUGAAGAAUAUGCUCACCCCAAAUAUGACUUCGCCUACUCAGUAGCCGACCCCCACACCGGCGACCACAAGUCCCAGCACGAGAGCCGCGACGGUGACGCCGUACAUGGCUACUACUCCCUGGUGCAGCCCGAUGGCUCCGUGCGCAAAGUUGAAUACUCCGCUGAUGACCAUACUGGUUUCAACGCGGUUGUACACAACACAGCCCCAAUCCAUGUUGCCGCCGCCCCUGCUUAUCAUUAC